AUGAUCCUGCUCGUCUUCGUGGCCCGCGUGGCCGACAGCCUGCUGCUCGUGGCGUCGACGGACCAGAUGCGGAGCAGCGACUCGCAGGACACGAUGGACGUCUACAAGUCGCAGGCGCGGCAGAUCCUGCGGAAGCUCGACGCGCGGUCGCCGGCGCGGUGCUCGAUCGAGUCGGGCCCGUACACGUUCCACUACGUCAUCUCCGAGUGCUGCUGCUACCUCGCGAUGACGCACCGGAGCUACCCGAAGCGCCUCAUCUUCCAGUACCUCGAGGAGAUCGCGCGCGACUUCGCCGAGGAGGUCGCGCGCGACUGCGGCGGCGACUGGCGCUCCGCCGUCGAGACCGUCGGCCGGCCGUACGCGUUCAUCAAGUUCGACAAGACGCUCCAGCGCAAGCGCAAGGCCUACGCGAACCCGGGCGACCGCGCGAACCAGUCGAAGAUCGACAGCGAGAUCGCCGACAUCCACAACAUCAUGAAGCGCAACAUCGACGAGGUCCUCAACCGCGGCGAGCGCCUCGACCACCUCGUCGAGUCCACGUCCACCCUCAAGCACGAGGCCGCCAAGUACAAGUGGGGCGCGAAGAAGUUCCACGCCAUGGCCGUCUGGCAGCAGUACGCGCCCUUCGUCGCCGUCGGCGCCUGCUGCCUCUUCGUCGCCUGGCUCAAGCUCCGAUAG